AUGAAAAGCCCUGGAGGACAACCAUCUGAUGAUAAUAAGAGGCAGGACUACCUGGAAUGGUACCUGGACUAUUUCAUGGCUGUUGCCUUCUUAUUAGCACAGAGGAGCAAGGACUCCAGUUCUCAGGUUGGUGCCUGUAUCGUGCAUCAAGAGAACAAGAUAGUGGGUAUUGGCUAUAAUGGCAUGCCCAAUGGUUGUGACGAUGACCUGCUGCCAUGGUCUUUCAGUGCUGAUAACAAGCUGGACACCAAAUACCCCUAUGGUAUAAAGGAUGUGAUCUAUUUGUCAGACAAAUACCAUGGCACUCCAGAAAUGACUGCCUCCAGACGGCUGCUUAACUUGGCGGGCAUCACGUACAAGCACAGAAUUGUCAUUUAUUUUAAUUCAAUCAACUAUUCCGGAUUGGAAACUUCCAGUGGUUUGGGAGGCAUACAGUCAUCACAGACUGAGGAAUUUGGAGCAUGACACUAAAUAUUCAUAAAAUUCACUUUUUUCUUGCUUAUGUAUUGUUGAAGGUCAUUAUGGGUUUGACAGUGAUGACUAAAUACAUGCAGUUCACAGUUUCUUUUGUUUUAACCCUUGUUUCUCCAAAUCUUUAAACUUUUAGGAAUUAACUAUUGUCAAUGUUUUAAGUGUUUUAAUUUUUUGUUAGUAUGUAUUUUUCUCUCAUGCACAAGAUAAUUUUUUUUUCAGUUUACAUGCAAAAUAGCAGCCAGUUUGUGACCUUGGCUGAUGUGGCUUUUUAAAUUGAUUCUCUUAGAGUUUCAGUAUUUAUGAUGAGUGGGUUGACAAUGAGGACUUUAAAAUCAAGCUGGAUGCCAACAUUAACCAAAUCAAAUGUGGUGUUUACCUUUUAUUUGAACCUUUCUGUAUUCUCUAUGACAAGGCUGAUUAGAUUUUGAUGUUCAUUUCACAAAUACUAAAACUGUAAGUUAUCCCUCUGUUUUCAACCAUUAACCACUAAUGUCUGUUUUGCUCAUUUGCUUCUAAGCUUUUGUACUUCAGCAGAUAAACCUCAUAUUCCUUCAUAUUCAAAUAUGAGCAAAACCCAGGCAGCUUAACGCUCUUCUGUGCCAGCCGAGCCACAAGGAUGCACUGUUUUCUUUCAAAUCAAAGCAAAAAUAAACGUAGAAAACACAUCCUUGUGGUGGCUGACACAUAAGAGCGUAAGCUGCUCAUAUUCUCCA